CGCCCUGCCGGCCGCGAUGCAUUGUGGGCCGGCAGCAGCACAGACCCAAGAUGGCGGCCAGCAGGAGGCUGAUGAAGGAGCUUGAGGAAAUCCGCAAGUGUGGCAUGAAAAACUUCCGGAACAUUCAAGUGGAUGAAGCUAAUUUAUUGACCUGGCAAGGGCUGAUCGUUCCCGACAACCCUCCGUACGAUAAGGGAGCCUUCCGGAUUGAGAUCAACUUCCCCGCGGAGUACCCCUUCAAGCCCCCCAAGAUCACCUUCAAAACCAAGAUCUACCACCCCAACAUCGACGAGAAGGGGCAGGUUUGCCUUCCCGUCAUCAGCGCUGAGAACUGGAAGCCGGCCACCAAGACCGACCAAGUCAUCCAGUCCCUCAUAGCGUUGGUGAACGACCCACAGCCCGAACACCCUCUGCGGGCCGACCUGGCGGAGGAGUACUCUAAGGACCGUAAAAAAUUCUGUAAGAACGCCGAGGAGUUCACAAAGAAAUACGGCGAGAAGCGGCCCGUGGACUGAACGCCGCGGCCACGGCGGGC